GGGUGUGGGUGAGUGCUGCGAGCGGCACCGCGGGACCCCCUGGGUGGCCACGGCUCAGCAGGAGAUCCGUGGUGCUGUCGAGUCAGCAGAGUGAAGAGUUGUCAGGACACUGAAGGAGACGGAGGAAAAAAGGGGUAGACUUAGGAAGGAAGUUGAUAACUCCAAAGUUCAUGAUUGGGCAUGGAGGGUCAGGAACUGCCUUAUGUGCUAAUUGACUGUAUAGGAGGGAGGUAUGGAGUAUAUGAAGAUCAUGCUGAAUUUAUGGAGAAAUAUUUUCAUCUCAUCACCAUGAAAGAAUAUCUUGAAAACAAGAAAUUUCUCAGCAAAAAGAUCAGAGCUAUUUAUAUGUGGUAUCACAAACCAGUUAUUAAUGAAGAGCUGCUCCAGAGCUUGCCUAACUUGAAGAUAGUUGCAAGCUCUGGAGUGGGAAUAGAUCAUUUGGACCUGAACCUCCUCUCCAGCUAUGGUGUAAAAGUGUCCAACACUCCAUUUGUGGUUUCCACUGACACUGCAGACUUGGGGAUGGCUUUGAUGCUGGCAUCUUCCAGGAGACUUGUGGAAGGUUAUCAGCUUGCAGUCUCCCCUGACACAGAGUAUUUCCCUGCUGACUGGCUGGGGACUGAGGUUUCUGGGGCGACCCUGGGGAUUGUGGGAAUGGGCACCAUCGGCUACAAAGUGGCUGAGAGAGCCAAAGCCUUUGAAAUGAAGAUUUUGUACCACAACAGGAAUCAGAGAAACAAGGAAGAAGAAAGUGCCAUUGGAGCUAUUUACUGUAAGAAGAUAGAUGAUUUGCUCCAGCAGUCAGAUUUUGUAUUGCUAUCUGUGAACCUGACUCCACAGACACACAAACUGAUUGGGAAGAGGGAGCUGGCGCUGAUGAAACCCACCGCUACUCUCAUUAAUAUCAGCAGAGGUUUGGUUGUGGAUCAGGAUGCUUUGGUGGAAGCCCUUCAAAACAAAGUUAUUAAGGCAGCUGCUCUGGAUGUGACAUACCCUGAACCUUUGCCAAGGGAUCACCCUUUGUUAAAGCUGAAGAAUGUCAUAAUAACUCCGCACAUUGGAAGUGCCACCAAAAAGACACGCCGCCUUAUGAUGGAAAACAUGAUGGAAAGCAUACAAGCGGGUCUCACAGGUCUUCCUAUCCCUAAUGAAGUAUUACUGUAAUGCGGUCUUAUUUGCUGUUAAUGCCAUUAGUGUUUAUCCUGGUGUGAGGAAACAGUAAUUUGAUCACUCUUCAUGUAGCGAUCCCAUGUGCGUUACACAGAUGAAACGUUAUCAUGCGUGGCUUUAAUUCUUUUAACUAACCGAAAGCGAUGCUGUGUGGAAAACUGCUGCACUUUGCAGUGAACUUCAAUGAAAAACUCUUAAGA